AUGAAAGAUGGGACUCUGAACUGGGAGAAGGAAUUGAAGCAGGCAGAAGAGGAACUAGAGAAACUAAAUGAGCAAACAUUGUCUGCAAAUGAUCUUAAAUCAAAGUUAGAUGCUGUUUCAGUCUUAUUACGAGAAUUGAAAUCAGAAUUGGUAGCAUACAUGGAAUCAACAGUUGAACACGAAACUUUUGAAGAAGAAAAUUUGAGGGAUAUAGUUGAGGAACCAGAGAAAAAAACUCGUUUAGAAGUGAACUACUUAAAAGUGGCGGCUACAUCAUUGAACUCAGAACUGGAGAAAGAAAAAUCGGAACUCAACGCCAUUCAACAGAGAGAAGGAAUGGCGUCGAUUGCAAUUGCGUCUCUUGAAACCGAGCUAAACAGUACAAAGUCGGAGAUUGCUUUUAUUCAGAUGAAGGAGAAAGAAGAAAGAGAUAAAGUGGUAGAGCUACCAAAGAAACUACAAGAGGCAGAUCAAGCAAAAUCACUUGCUCAAAUAGCUCGUGAAGAACUUAGAAAGGUGGAGGAAGUUGAAAGUCUGAAUAAACGAAUGAUUGAGUAA